AUGGAUUGGGACGCCGAUCCGCCGCUGAGCUCUUCGUUCAUCUACUCGACAACCCGAGAAGCAGAAGCUCGGAAGCCUCCUGGGCUCAAGGCGGAGGCCGUCGGCUCCCUGCCGCGCGAAGUCUACGGCUGUCCCGGCGGCGCCGCCGCCGGGCCGCCGGAGUGUUGCAUAUGCCUGGAAAGGUUCCAUAAAGGAGACUCCUUGGUCCGUCUCCCCUGCGGCCACAAGUUCCACGGGGACUGUCUCAGCCCCUGGCUGCGGGGCUGCGGGGACUGCCCCUACUGCCGGUUCAGGAUAGUGUCUGAUGCUCCUGCGGCACACGUUACCGGUCCCGAGGUGCCUUUCUAG